GUGAGAACUGCUCAGCAAACAGCCAAUCAGAAGAGGUCUGAAAUCUUGACAUGAGUUUUUCACUGGGCUCCAGUGUCACAGGUUUUUGGUCUACUUUGUGGUCCCGGUUGGUGCACAGCGGGAGGCUCAUUGUCAGUAUUCAAGCAGGACGGCAUGGCCAUUGUAUGUGUUUGCCAAUAUAUGGAGGCUCCGAUGAGUAAGGGGACACAACCAGCCUGAAGCCUCUCAGCCCCUGUCAGCUGAGUCCAGUGAUAGUCUCUUGCUCUCUCUCUCUUUCACUCUCUCUCUCUCUCUUUCUCACCAUCUCUCUCUCUCUCUCUCUCUCUCUCUCUCUCUCUCUCUCUCUCUCUCUCUCUCUCUUGCUAUGAGCUGCCUGGAUGUGAUGUACCACCAAAACUAUGGAGCACACCUCCUCCCUGCAGAAGCGUACAAGUCAACAUACUACAACCACCAUUACCAGCAACAACAACAACAACAGAGGAGGCUGAAUGCUCACAGUAAGAUGCACAACUGUUCGGGCCAGCAACAAGGUGGAGGACGAGGAAUACUAUCCAGAGAUCAGGGUCUUUUUUCGGCUCCUAGAACCGAAUCUGGAUGUGUAUCAAUACAUGAUUUGGAGGUUAAAGAUGGAACUCAACCAGCAGGAGCAGAGUAUCUAAACUCCCGGUGCAUAUUGUUCACCUACUUCCAAGGGGACAUCAGUGAUGUGGUGGAUGAACAUUUCUCUCGGGCCCUCAGUCAGUCCAUUGGACAUAACAGGGAGACGAAGCCGUUCCGGAUGACUCAGACAUCUGCUUCAAGCUCUGCCGGAUCAUGGAAAGAUGGUGAGGCACUUUCAGAUGGUCAGAAAAGUCCAGCAUGGAGCAACACCUAUCCAUCCCACCCUGCUACCUGCCUCCCAUCUGUCUCGGUGUCAGUCCAUCCAGAAUUCUCUCCAAGCCCCAUUUCCCUAAACCACGCUGAUGGAGGUCUGUGGGCUGGUCAUGUGCUCUCCCAAGCCAGCCUCCAACCACUGGCUAGCCUCACAGACAGCUGGACCUACAGCCUGAACCCCCAAAGCCCAAGUGGCUAUCCAAAUGUUCACGAUGUCUACCAUCCUCACCCCCAUGGCCACAUCCAUUCUCGCCAUCACCACCACCACCGACAAAUGUUUCAUUCAUAUCCAAGCCACGGCUCAGCACUAGAGGCGAGGUUUAGUCCUCUUCUGCUGCCUGGUGUGAGGAAUCAGAGCCAGUCAGCAGCCAGUGCAGGGAGUUCCCCACACAGCGAGACUGCAAAGACAGAAAUGGACCCCAGUAGCAGUAGCCCAAUCAUGACUUCAUCAGUCCCUUGGAUCCCCUCACCACUCCAUGGAUCCUUGGAGCUGUAUGAUUCAGCUUAUGAGCAGACCAAAGCUAAGUCAUCAGUUUGGUUCUAAUUGCUGACAUGCAUUAGAGAAAGACUCACCUACACUAAGUGGCACCAUCAAUUAUAACUGCUAAACCAGCACUGCAAUGUACAAUACGGACUCUUCUACUACUGCUCCUGCCUUGUCCACACAGUCUAGGAUCAAGAUUGACUCAGGCUUGAAGUUAACAGGGAUGCUUUGGUCGCAGGAUGUAGCCGAUGAGAGUGAAGCUUCUAUCCACAGACUAGCGGAAGGACGUUUCUUCAAUGUUUUAUUGGCAAAAACAGUGUCAUUUUUUGGGUUAAAGUGGUUCUGUUUCAAGAACUGUUUAUUUGAAUAGCAAAUAUGUACAGUUUUGCCUAAGUGUGUGGGUGUGUGUGUAUAUAUAUAUAUACAUACUAAUUUUUUUUUAUUAUUAUUAUUGUUGUUUUUUUUUUUUGCUGGAUGGUCUGUCCCUGAAUGAUACCUUUGAAUCUUUGCCGAAAGGGAUUAUGUGUCGUAUAUUUUGAUACUGUAAGUAAUAAAUUAUGAAGUUCUAUUUGCAAAUGUAGCCAUUUUCAUGUGUUUACAUUAUUAGGCACAUACUGGAGACUCAAUUUUGCAGUUAAAAAAGGAAAACUCAGUGAGCCGAAAACAAGAUUGAUGAGUAAGCAUGCACAUUUUAUAGUAAAAAAAAUAAAAGGUGCAGCCAAUAAAUAACCGUUUAUUUGAAACACUUGGAUAAGGGAUGUUGCUGUUUCUUUCAAAUGUUUGCAUAUGCAGGAUUCAGAUAUUCCUGACCAACACAGAAGUUUUUACAGUUUUAAACUACUCAGUGAAGGGUUAUUGAAAACCCCUCACAUUGUACCAGCAGUACAAGAGGAAAUAGGCUGCAUUCCACAAAUAGUAUAAGAUACCAUAACAGGUCAGGUUUUCUUUUUUCUUUUUUGCCUCUCCUCACAAAAACAUGGACAUUAACUCACACACAGACAGCCGACAAACAGCAAGAAUGCAUUUGUCCUGUCUGGACAGGAAGUUUACUGGACACGGCAGACAUGGACAGUCAGUGCUAUUCGUGAGCAGGUUUGUUUCUCCUGCAAUAUCACUCAAAGUAGACUUCAUAAAAUAAAUAAAAUAAAACCUCACAUAAAAAUAGGAUAAAUAUAGUGAAAGAGUUUUCAGUUCAAAGAGUUAAUCUUCUGAUGUACAAGUAAGUGUAUGAGCUGAGAACGAAAAACUACUAAUACUCUGUAAGACUAGGUAUGUUUCUUAAGUUAAAAAGCAGCAUUGUCUGAGGAAAAGGUGGUGAGACGCAUCAGCUGGUAUGAUCUACAGUAGCCGCCCACUGACAAUCCAGCCUCUACUUCUCCUGUAUGUGGUUCUAUUUACAAUAUUAGCCAGCAGUAUUUGAGGAACAACAUUUAGCAUUAAGCAGAAAGUCUUAAGUGCAACACAUCAGAGACAGAUGUGGAAAGAAUUGGCUUGGAAUGAAUUAGGAAAUGUUUUAAUUUGAACAAUUGUCUUUUCUUUUUUUUCUUUUUUUUUAAACUACCUUGAGGAUCGAAUCCCAAGAUGCAUGACCCUGAAAAGGAAAAUAAGCAGUGCAAAUUUUAACAAACCACAAAAUGUGCCUCUUGCUCAAUAUUAUGCAAUGACUUUUGAAAGUAAAAACAGUUUGUACGGAAUGGGAAAAGACAAAUACAGUGAAACAGCAAUAAGGGAAGGCAAUUGAGGACAGAUUCUCAUUUGCAAUGCUGACCUGGCUACAGACAGUGGCAGAUAGACAGAGAGUGUGCACAGUAAAACAAAGCAAAAUAAAAGCAAAUACAAAUACAACAAACUGUACAUCGUUACAUAUUUAGAUAAUUCAUUACAUUACAUCAUAACACAAGGUGGAUAAAAGGUUCCUAACAGGCUAAAAAAACAGGUGCAAUGAUCAUGUACGGUAUCACUAACUUUUCAAACAAUAUUUUAUGAUAAGUGUCUUUUAGAUUUUAUUAGAUUUGAAUGUUUGAGUUUUGUUUGGCUCAAUGUUAUCCCUCUGUGGUUCAAGUAAAAGGGCAUGUGUUUUUAAAGUGAAUUUUGUUCACAUAUUAACAGGUAUCUUGCCCAUUUACAAACAAACAUCUCAGCACUCAAAGAUAUAGUCAUCAAUUCAAAAUGAAAUAUAGAAGGGAACAUGUCGGGAACAAAAUGACACAUUUUGAAAAUAAUGGUAACAUUUAGAAAGAUUUAGUUACAUAGAUUGUCUCUUCUCACAGACCACCAAAAUAGCAUUAGCAUGUAGCUUCUGCAUCAGCAUGUUGAGCACUUAUAUGCUAACAGACAUCCCACUGGCACCCUUGGAGCAUCACUCCAGGCACUUCCACUGCAGGAAGAACAAGAAAAUUCUCAAAGACAAUUCUGGAUUCUUUAAAAGUCAGUUGAGACCAUUAAUUAUUCAUAAGUCAGGGCUAUGUCAUAUGUUUUUUUGUUUUUAGAAUGAAUUAUAAAUAAGCUAAUUUUGACAACAUGUUUUCUAUCACGUAAAAAGUGUAGCUGAUGGAAAACAAAGAGUAAGAUUGGGGAAAGUAGUAUAGCCAACAACAUUGAAUGUGUCCAUGUUGCUGUAUGAAUUUGUAAUGACCCUAGUGAGGAUAAGCGGAACGGAAGAUGAAGAUGAAUUUAUAAUAUAAUAUAAUGAAUUAAAAUAAGCUUUCAAAAUAAGUGUGGUUAUUUUGCUGAUUCCCCAUGUAUACUACUGUAUUUAUGUUCACAAACUAUAAAAGGAAGCUUAGAAUGAAAUGAAAAUACAGAGGAAGCAACAAAAUACAUAGCUGCCUAUUUACUGUAGUAAAGAAUUGGACAAUAAUAGAUAUACGAGAGUAAAUGUACUUGGUUACUAACAAGUAUGUGUUUCAAUGAAUAUAGUCUUGUAGCCAAUAAUGUCCAUCUGGGUCUUCUCCUUAUCUGUUUUUUUGCAAGAAUUGCCUCUUUUAAAAUCCAAUACGCUUCAAUUCAGUACUGCAAAAUUGUAUUGGCUUUAAGGAAUUGGAAAAAUAAUUAGAUUGUAUUCUCUUUUUGUGCUGAGCCCCAUUUCAACCCUUGUUGAGUUUAGACUAGGAUUAUUGUGAUUGCUGCCCUUUUCCAACAAUGUAUUAACAAACAACAAUCCACACACUCUAAUGGAAUAUUCGAUCAAAAUAAAAAAUAAACAUGUCCUCCUUGUAAUUAGUCUCCAAAGAUGAGUCAGCAUAAUGCACGAUAGACCAAAUAUGUUUUGAGGUGCGCUUUCAUUGCUAACAUACUGAUCUAAUGAAGGACAUACAGCAACAUGUACACAUUCAAUAUAGUUGGCUAUACUACUUUCCCCAAUCCGUCUUCCAUCAGCUACAC